GUGUUAAAUUUAGCAGAGGAAGGUGACGUCAGAUAUCACGGGACAUCGCCAUAUUGUCAAAGAGGGAGUACACAGAAGUCGAAAAAUAAGAAUAAUUUCAAUUGAUUUGACAAAGAGGUUUAUAUAACUACAAUGGCAUCUAGAAAGAAGGUUUUAUUGAAAGUUAUCAUUCUAGGAGAUAGUGGUGUUGGAAAGACAUCUCUAAUGAAUCAGUAUGUAAAUAAAAAGUUUAGCAACCAGUAUAAAGCUACUAUAGGAGCAGAUUUUCUUACAAAAGAAGUUAUGGUUGAUGAUAGAUUAGUCACCAUGCAGAUAUGGGAUACAGCUGGUCAAGAAAGGUUUCAAAGCUUGGGUGUGGCUUUUUAUAGAGGAGCUGAUUGUUGUGUUUUAGUAUUUGAUGUUACCAUGCCCAACACAUUUAAAUCUUUGGAUAGUUGGAGGGAUGAAUUUCUUAUUCAAGCGAGUCCUAGAGAUCCAGAAAAUUUUCCAUUUGUUGUGAUAGGAAAUAAAAUUGAUUUAGAAAAUAGAGCAGUUUCAGCAAAACGAUCCCAAAGUUGGUGUCACAGUAAAGGAGAUAUACCUUACUUCGAAACCAGUGCAAAGGAGGCUAUAAAUGUAGAACAGGCUUUUCAAACAGUCGCGAAAAAUGCUCUGGCACAAGAAACUGAUGUUGAGCUGUACAAUGAAUUUCCUGAUCAAAUCAAACUAUCCGGCGAUCAGAACAAAGCUAAAGAUGGAUGUGCAUGUUAAUAUCACAUUUAAUUCAAAUACUAAUGUGAUAACUAAAAAAUACUGAGAGACAGUUUAUAAACUUUUGUUGAUAUACAUUUGUAAAUACAAACAUGUUGAAUGAUAGACAAGUAUGCGGUCGACUUGAUGCAGCGAUAACGAUUAUUUUAAUUUUGUCAUGAUGCUUUCAUAACAUCACUUUCAGAGGGAAGAGUGUCUAGAAUUGAAAUACUGAUUAGAGUUAAUGUCUGCCGUUAAUAUGCAGGUGGGUUCGAUUACUAGAUAGCGAUGAAUAAAUAGAAAUCGCAUGACAUAUGAUAAUUCUUUGUUAUAACAGGGUACCAGUGACAAAAAGAUAAGGUGCUUGUCAGAGUAGUGCUUUAUUUAUAUUAAGAUAGAAUUUAUUUGCAGAAAUUUCUAUGCCUAAUGUACAUAUCGAUCUAGUUCUGAAUUGGAAAGUUAGAUGGAUUUUAGAUACAAGUCAGUCUCCCGAUUAACCAUUACAUAAAAGCUAUUAUACCUGAAAGUGGUGAUAUGACAGUUUUUAUUUCAAAAUUGACUAGCCUCUGGGUUUAAUUUCGAUACAUCGUGGUAAAAUGCUACCAUAUAAUUUAUAUAAUUUGACAGUGGUUGGAACAGUUAUCUUAAUGAGCAAUGAAUGUAUGGAUAUCGAAGAGAAUUUUGUUUUUAAUGAAUUAAAAUGCUAGUAAUGAUAUAAAACUCUGGUACAUGACGUCUAAAAUAUAUCCACUCACAGAGAUUUUAAUAUAUUGUCAAUACAUUGAUCAUAGCUUACAAUUACCAAAAAAUUUAAUGUUUCGGAACUGAACUGAGAGCUGCCGAUUGUCAUUUACAGUUCUUGGAAAAUAUCUGAUUUUUGACAGCUGAAUCCACGCUACAUUGUACUCAAACUUAAUAUUUGAUUAAGAAAAAGAAAUAUCAAUGGUAGAUAAUCUCAAGGCUUGGAUUCACUCAGAUUAAGAAGGCCUGUCAAAGAUUAUGAUGAUAAAGACUUUAAUUGUGAUUCUACAUCUUGAGAAUGUUUCAUAGUAUUUUAUUUUAACCAUUUAUAUAAUACCAAAUUUAAAUGGUUUAGAACUUAUUCUGUCAAAAUCAAUAUAAAUGGGUGAGGUAAGUUUUCAAUUUUAUCAUUAUUAAGAAUUAACUGGACUAAAUACAUAAUUUUAGGUAUUUUGUACAAUUUGUUAAUAAUUCUUUGCUUGUGAAUGUUUGUAGGCAAACAAUUUUUUCGUUUAAUUAAGGGUCUGUUGAUUAUAAUAGGUGUGAAUAUAUUCAUUGUUAUUUUGUAUAUCAACAUUAUGAGGGAUUGGGCUGUGUCCAGUUGUAUUUAAUGUCCAAUUUGAAUUCCAAUAAUAAACUUGAUAAAUGUAGUCAGUUUGUAAAAAAAUAUGUUUUAUAGUUCUAUAAACCAUUGAACACAGUCCAAAUUUAUCGAAGAUUCAUUCCAGAAGGAAGUCAUGCUUUUUUCUUUGAUAUGGUGGGAUAAUAGUCUUUUUUGAAACUCAAAAUAUUUACUUCAUCAAAAUUUGUUUCCAGUUGCUUGUAAGUACACACAUGGUGAACUUUCAUUUGUUAAAACAGACAGUGUUUGAAAAGCAAGAAUUAUUUGUCGGAAACAACAAUUUUUGGCUAUUGGUUUAAUUACAAAUGUUCUCAGUCUGUGAAUGGAUUACACCAAAAUAAGAGUAUAAAUUGUAACAGAAAUCCAUCUUAAAACUUAUACUUGUUAAAGCAUUUAAUUACACUUUUUUUGUAAAAUGAGUUCUAAAAAAGAAUCCAAAGACUUUUUUCUGGAACUGACCAUGAAUGUUUCAUUGUGUUUUUGUUUCUUCAAGAUUUAAGUAUGAAAGAAACCAAAUCAAAAUAAUUGUCUUUUAUUAUUUGAUAUGUUGUUGCUAAGAAAGAUUGUGAUUCUGGUCAAAACGUAAAUUUACUCAAGAUAUCCAAUUCAGAGACCAUUACUUUUGAUUUGGUUUUGAAAAUUCGAUGGACAUAUACAUAUUGAAUUAUUUUAAAGAUUUUUUUUUCAGUCAUAGUGUUAUUAAGUGUACAUGUAGAAGUCUAUAUGGGUUCUUUGUAUAAAUUGUAUUGUAUUUAUAUAUAAAAUUCCUUGUUUUCUUCACUAGCACAGAAAUAUAUGUGAACUGUUUUAGGGCAGUGAACACUUGUAUUAUAAGGCAAGCAUAAAUUUAUUCUAGUUCUUUUAGAAUAUAACAUUAUAUAAUAUCAUGCUUGCCUAUCUACUAAAAAGGUCAUGAACUCUAAUAAAGUCAGUAAUUAAAGUAGAA